AUGCAAGUCCGCGGUAUGCUGUCUGUCGUGCUAGCUGGCGCUCUCAACUACAUUUUUGUCAACUCCGUUUCUGCGUCUGCUGUUCCGUCAGCCAAUUCUGCUAGUAGAAACUGCUGCAGGCAUAUUCCGGGAGAUGCUGGAUGGCCUAGCCGCCGCGACUGGGCACGACUCAACAGCACAGUUGGUGGCAGGCUGGUAGCGACGAUUCCUCUGGCACAUGUCUGCCACGAAACUGGACCAUUUGCCGCCUAUGACGCAGCUGCAUGUGAUGGACUGCGCCAGGACUUUCUGCAAACUGGGCCUGCAACGAUAUGCCCCGCGCCUGGAGAGAUUUUGAACCCGUACUGGCAAAACAAUACUUGUUCGCCGUUUACAGCGUCCGUGGCGUCCUGCGAGCUUGGAAAUCGACCUGUAUACUCUAUCAACGUCACCGGGCACCGAGAUGUCCAGGCAGGCUUGUCUUUUGCCAAGAAGAGAAAUGUCCGUCUAGUCAUCAGGAAUACUGGCAUUGACUAUUUGGGCAAAUCCGCGGGUCAGGGUUCAUUGGCAUUGUGGACGUACCACCUCAAAGACAUACACAUCACCAAGGAUUAUGAGAGCCCGUCUUACACUGGACCGGCGGUCAAACUCGGCGCGGGUGUGAUUGCUGGCGAGGCGUAUGCCGCUGUGCAAAAGGCCGGAUAUCGCAUCGUGGCCCCAGAGUGUGGCCUCGUGGGCUUCGCAGGCGGCUACAUCCAAAGCGGCGGGCAGUCGCAGCUUGUGACCGCCUACGGACUUGCCGCUGACCAAGCCCUUGAAUGGGAGGUGGUUACGCCAGAAGGCGAACUUCUGAUUGCUACACCUGAGAAGAAUACCGACUUGUACUGGGCCCUCGCUGGAGGCGGCGGCGGCACCUUUGGCGUCGUGCUAAGCGUUACCGUUAAGGCUUUCCUAGAAGGACCAGUAGCCGGCGGCCAAAUGGUUGUAAAGACCAGCAACAAAACAGCGCUUUGGGAAGCCGUUGAGACUUGGUAUCACAAAGGGCCUUCUUUUGUCAACAACUCUCGCAAUAACAUCCAGUUCUUCGUCACCAACGAUUCACUCACGAUCCUCUCCUUCACUAUGCCCGACGAGAACGACGCGGCCAUUGAUACGAUUUUGUCGACGUAUAUUCCCGAGCUGAAGCGACUCAAUCUCACAUACAACCUGACAAAGGCCAACUUUCCUAGCUAUGCGGAGAGCUUUGUGGACGCCUACGGCCCUCUACCAUACGGCGACCUCUGCCCCAGCUUCCCGAUUAUAUCGAGCCGCCUUAUCCCGAGAUCCACCGUAUUGAAUAAGACAAGCAACAAGCACCUGAUGGAUGUGUAUCGCAACAUUGUCGACGACGGCACGUGGUGGAUUGGGUGCUCAUUUUUGAACGUGGACGACAAACCAGGCUCGGCCCGCCCACCGCAUCCGCCAAAUUCGAUUCAUCCGGCUUGGCGCGAGGCUGUUGCCUACUGUAAUCCUCAGACGCAUCAGCCAUAUGAUUGGGUCAAUGAGGUGACGAAUACACUGCUCCGACAGAAGCUUGUGAACGACAUCUUUCCAUCGCUCGAGGCAGCAACUCCGGGCGCUGGUAUCUUGCCCGAGGUUGAUCCCACCUACAAGGGUAACUGGAAAGACACGUUUUACGGACCAUAUUACAACCAGUUGUUGAAAAUCAAGCAUAAAUACGAUCCACACAAGCUCAUGUAUGGACUUUUUGCAGUAGGAUCCGACGAGUUUAGGAUUGAUCCUGCGGGGAGACUCUGUACAGUUUGAAGAUGUGGCAAUGAGAAUCAAUUGGUAUAGAGAUAGAUAGACGGAA